AUGACGAAGCACCCCUCAAUGGGCCCUUCCAUCAUCCACCUGCCCGACGGGCAGAACUUCACCGUCACCCCCGUCUUCGCCGGCCUCUUCUUCAAGAGCCACGAGCUCAGCACACACGCCAAUGCCUUCCCCAUUGGAUGGACCAUCGUCCUCCACACCGAAGACGAAGGCGAGGACCCUCAAUCCCCCGACCUGGUCGCUGUCGCUGUCGAUGGCGAUGGCUCACCCUCCAGCAGUCCGGGGCUGAAGCCCACCCGCAAGACUCACAUCCACUCCUUCUCCAAGCCGACGCUCCAGAACGACAACCUCUUCAUCUCCUCGAUCUCCAAUCCGUCGUCCAACGAGUUCAAACCCGCUACCUCGCCCACGCGUCAGAUCGCCAUGAUGCUGUGGAUCACCCUCUACUGGUACUUCCACCAGCCUGCCCCGUCCACGAUGCUGCCCCCGACCGAGUCCUCGAGCCUGACACCACAGAAUGGCAAGCCGCGGGGCGAGUGGCGCAUCAACAUCAAGAGGGACGGCGUGCUGCGCGGCAAGAACCUGAUACCGAAGUUGGAGCGCAUGGGGCUUAUCACGACACUCGACUCGGCGGUGGGCACGAGCCUGGGCGAUAAGGAAGACGGCUGGACACAGAUGUAUGUGUCGAGGCAGAUGUUCUGGCAGACCCCAGGGCGACUGUUCCUAUUCACACUACAGCCCAAUCCUAAGACUGGUUCUUAUCCUGGAUCACCGGCAUCCUCACGGCCCGGCAGCCCCAUGCUCAACGAGAGCCCGCACGCGCACUCUCACCACAGCUCUACGCCUCAAAGCAGCCAGAUCCAGCUCGGUUCUGACCUACCCGGGGCACCACCACCGCAGACUCUCAUCACCGUGCCAAGUUUCCCAAUUGGUCCAUUUUUUUCAACAUCACACUUGCCUACAUACUAUCCUCCCCCUCCGCUACAGUACACCAUCACAAAUGGCAUCCGGCAUCCUGUACGGCCCAAACCACCUCGAAUGGGAGAGGUGUUCUACACGCGCUUCGUUCCCAGUGUGGGUCAAUAUCUAUCCUUCCGGGUCGCCAGCGCAAGCCCCAACCCCGUUCCCUAUCUCGGACCCGUAGGACCAAAGCCGCCUACAAACAUGCACCUAUCAACCCUAAACGAUACCGGCCUGCUACAAAUGUGGCUGUCAAACCCCAGGGUAUCCAAGUUCUGGGGCUCCUACGUGCCCACCUUCCUGACCUCAGCCCUGUCCUCGAGACAUAGCUUCCCCGCCAUUGGCAUGUGGGACGGCGUGCCGUUUGGGUAUUUCGAGAUCUAUUGGGCCAAGGAGGAUAUCCUAGGCACGUAUGUCGGGUCCGAGGUGACGGACUGGGACAGGGGCGUGCACGUCUUCAUCGGCGAGGAGUGGGCGCGGGGGCGCGUGCAGAGCUGGCUGACCAGCCUAGUGCACUGGAUUCUCACGACUGACUACCGGACGAUGACAGUCUGCAUGGAGCCUCGGGUCGAUAACGCAAGGUGGGUGUUUCUCCAAGCAUAUGAUGAUAGCUUGAUGGCUAGCUAA